AAAAGGUAAACACGGAAGUCGAAUCAGACUAAAUAUAGUCGGAACGAGGUUGCACUUAAUACGUGUCUUUUUAGUGAUUGAUAUGAUUAUAAAUCUCUAGCGGAGAACACAAAAGAUCUAGAAAGGGUAAACAACCAAACAGCUGUUAGUGGUGUCUUUCAGCCUGAUAUAAAGUUUGUACCGGACUUAUGCUGAGGUUCAAUGGCUUCAGAUAAGCAAGACACGUUUGUGGUCGUCGGUGGAGGAAUCGCAGGUGUAACUUGUGCAGAACAGAUCGCAUCGCAGUUCGCAUCAGAUGAAGUUUAUCUUCUGACAGCCUCUCCCUUGGUAAAGACGGUCACAAAUUUCAAACAGGUGUCAAAGACGUUGGAAGAAUUCGAUAUCGAGGAAAAGCCAUCCAGUGUUUUAGAAGAAAAGUAUCCCAAUCUGAAAGUCAUACAAUCUGCAGUCAAACUCCUGCGAGCUAAGGAACAUCUUUUACAAGCAGAGAAUGGUCGGACAAUUCAUUAUAAAAAGCUGUGUAUCUGCAGCGGAGCCAAACCCAAGCUUUUCACCCAAGAUAACCCUCAUGUGCUGGGCAUACGAGACACAGACAGCGCUCAGGAGUUUCAAAAGCGAUUAUCAAAGGCUAAAAGGAUAGUUGUCAUUGGCAAUGGAGGAAUCGCAUUAGAAUUGGUGCAUGAAGUAGAAGGUUGUGAAGUGAUCUGGGCUAUAAAGGAUAAAGCCAUGGGAAACACAUUCUUUGAUGCAGGAGCUGCUCAGUUUCUCAUUCCCUCACUGGAGGCUGACAAAAAAGAAAGAUCUUUGCCUUGCAAGAGAGCACACUACACUACUGACAAAACUGGAGCAGGCCACAGUGGGGCUUCAGGGGAGCUUGGCAGUGCCUUGGGCCCAGAUUGGCAUGCGGGGAUUGAACUAAGGGGAACAGUACAGAAUUCCAGUGGAGUCCAUAUAGAAUAUAAGUGUGAGGUUGACAAGAUCUACACCCAACAGGAGUUCUUGCAGUCUAAACUCAACACAAAGAAAUCUGAAUUAGGGUUGUGGCCAGCUUAUGUUCAGUUAACCAAUGGGAAGAUUUAUGGCUGUGAUUUCGUUGUCAGUGCUACAGGCGUUGUGCCAAACACUGAUCCUUUUCUCAGUGGCAACAAUUUUGAAUUGGCAGGAGAUCAUGGUCUGAGAGUGGACGAUCAUAUGCGGACGUCUGAACAGGAUGUGUAUGCGGCUGGAGAUGUGUGUACGGCAGGCUGGGAGCCCAGCGCUCUCUGGCAGCAGAUGCGAUUGUGGACUCAGGCACGUCAGAUGGGCUGGUACGCAGCACGUUGUAUGGCUGCAGAUGUGCUGGAGGAGCCUAUAGAGAUGGACUUCUGCUUUGAGCUGUUCUCACACAUCACCAAAUUCUUCAACUACAAGGUGGUUUUGCUAGGAAAGUUUAAUGCUCAAGGUUUGGGUCUGGACCAUGAGCUUCUUGUGCGCUGUACAAAAGGCCAUGAGUAUGUGAAGGUGGUUCUGACUGGGGGCCGAAUGGUGGGAGCCGUCCUUAUCGGAGAGACGGACCUGGAGGAAACAUUUGAGAACCUCAUUCUCAACCAAAUGGAUUUAUCCCGAUAUGGCGAGGAGCUUUUGAAUCCUAAUAUUGACAUUGAAGACUACUUUGACUGAAUCGUUCUGGUUAGUCAAUGACAAAGAGAUGAUUAAUUUAUUUUAAAGCUGCAUCGUGAAAUUUAUGUUCCAAGAAACACAAGUUCAAAAAUAAUAAUUGUUUUCAAACACUCUCCACCAAUUUUAUGCCGGUCUUGCUCAGCAACAGGAAAUCCUUCCUCAAUCUGUUGCCUUUGGUUGAGGCAAUAUUGUCACAUACAUUUACAUUUCACUUCAAGUUUUCUAAAAUCAUAGCUGUCUGCACGGAGCAGACCAAAUUUUUUUAUUAUUCACUAAAACAAUUUCUGUAAAACAUUGUGACCAGAUCAUAGAAUCAAUGCGUUGAUCUUGAGAAUCUCAUCAAUGUGAUUCAUGAGCAAAUUAUUCUGAUUGGUUUUGUGAUUGACUGAUUUACUUAAAAUAUGUGAUUCAAAUGAAUGGUUUAUUUGGACACCGCUGCAUCUCUCAUGAAUGUGCCCAGGGCAACUGGGGUGGAUGUCAAGAUUUUCACUAAAUAAUGACUUAGAUUUUGGUUGGCUCCUCAUUUUGGUCGUAUGGACCACUUUUACUGAUGCGGAGUUGCAGUUUGUUCAUCGCACAAAGCUGGCUUCAGAAAACAGGAACUGUAAAGGACUACUUUUAUGUCCUUUUUGAAGCUUUAAAGCUCCAGUUUCAGUUCAUUGUAACUGCAUGGAAAAUAGUGACUAGUAUUUUGUUCAAAAUAUCUAAUUUUGUGUUCCAAGUCAUAUGGGUUUGGAACAAUGGUGAAGUUUCAUAAAUGAUUAGGCCGAG